UCCUUCUUUGGAGAUUUUUUCAUUAGGUUUGCAAAAUGAUAACCAUAUUUUUGAUCUGGGGAAUUGUUUUAACAAUGUGCUGUUAUUUAUGGCUUAUUUUUGGAAUAAGGAGAAGGAGAAUGGGUGAACCACCUCUGGAGAAUGGGUUGAUUCCAUACCUAGGCUGUGCUCUGAAAUUUGGGGCCAAUCCUCUUGAGUUCCUCAGAGCAAAUCAAAGGAAACAUGGUCAUGUUUUUACCUGUAAACUAAUGGGAAAAUAUGUCCACUUCAUUACCAAUUCCUUGUCAUACCAUAAGGUGUUGUGCCAUGGAAAGUAUUUUGAUUGGAAAAAGUUUCACUUUACUACUUCUGCAAAGGCUUUUGGGCACAGAAGCAUUGAUCCAAGUGAUGGAAAUACCACUGAAAACAUAAACGACACUUUCAUCAAAACCCUGCAGGGUCAUGCCUUGAAUUCCCUCACAGAAACCAUGAUGGAAAACCUCCAACUUAUCCUGAGACCUCCAUUCCUUCUUAAAUCAAAGAGCACUGAGUGGGUGACGGAAGGGAUGUACUCCUUCUGCUACCGAGUGAUGUUUGAAGCUGGGUAUUUAACUCUGUUUGGCAGAGAUCUUACAAGUCAAGAUGCACAAAGUGCCCUUAUUCUAGAAAACCUUGACAACUUCAAGCAAUUUGACAAAGUCUUUCCAGCCCUGGCAGCAGGCCUCCCCAUUCAUGUGUUCAAGACGGCUUUCCAAGCCCGGGAAAAACUGGCCGAGGGCUUGAGGCACGAGAACCUUCACAGGAGGGACCAGGUCUCAGAACUGAUCCGCCUGCGCAUGUUUUUGAAUGACACUCUCUCCACCUUUGAUGACCUGGAGAAGGCCAAGACCCACCUCGCCAUCCUCUGGGCAUCACAAGCAAACACCAUUCCAGCGACUUUCUGGAGCUUAUUUCAAAUGAUCAGGAAUCCUGAAGCAAGGAAAGCAGCUACGGAAGAAGUGAAUACAGCACUGGAGAAGGCUGGUCAAAGAAUCAGUUUUGAAGGCGAUCCUAUUUAUUUGAAUCAGAUGCAACUAAAUGACCUGCCAGUCCUAGAUAGCAUCAUCAAAGAAGCUCUGAGGCUUUCCAGUGCCUCCCUGAACAUUCGGACAGCUAAGGAGGAUUUCACUUUGCACCUGGAGGAAGGUUCCUAUAACAUCAGAAAAGAUGACAUCAUUGCUCUUUACCCACAAUUAAUGCAUUUAGAUCCAGAAAUCUACCCAGAUCCUUUGACUUUUAAAUAUGAUCGAUAUCUUGAUGAAAAUCGGAAGACAAAGACCACCUUCUACAGCAAUGGUGUCAAGUUAAAGUAUUACUACAUGCCCUUUGGAUCAGGAGCUACAAUAUGCCCUGGAAGAUUAUUUGCUGUCCAAGAAAUCAAGCAAUUUCUGAUUCUGAUGCUUUUAUAUUUUGAAAUAGAGCUUGUGGAGAGCCAUGUUAAAUGUCCCCCUUUGGACCAGUCCCGUGCAGGCCUUGGUAUUUUACCGCCAUUAAAUGAUAUUGAUUUUAAAUAUAAACUUAAAUAUUUGUGAAUAUGUGGUCGGGAAAAGAGUACAUUAGAUGAUGUUAUAGGACUGCCGAGCACUGUCAUUGAAAAGACCUUUUGGACAAAAACAUUUAGGGGUGAUGGAAGUUGUUUCGCACGUCCAGUCUGGUUCCAGAUGCCAUCUCACACAGUUGCUAGUGAAAAGUCUAGAAGCACAAUAAGAUUUUCUCACUGGGAUAAAUCAAUGGAUGUUCAUAAAGCUGGGGACUGAAUUUCAUUACCUUCAGAGGAAAAUACUUUUUUUUUCCUCAAAAUGAUGAUAUCUUAAUUGGCAGAAUUUUUUUUCCUAAGGAAAUUGCUUCAUUUUUUAAAAAAACCCACUCACUAAUUAUGAAAAAAAGAGUCAUAUUCACGUUUUAGUGAAAUGGCAUUAUUUUUUUACUAGAUAGUGAGGUUCUUCAGGUGUGAGCAUGUGUUAUAAAGGGUACUUUAAAUGAUUAUAUCAUGCUUUUUAAUAAAAAUAAUUUUUUUCAGCUUUCUGUAUGUCCAGCGUAUCUCUACAUUCAGGGUUUUUGAAAUAAUGAUAUUGGUGUACUGUAAACACUAGGGUAGUUUUGAUAUUUUUCCUUUAUGUUUUAACUUAUUGUUAGCGGAAACUGUUAUGCCAAGUUUCAACUCUCUUCUCUGCACCUUUAUUUGAUUCCAUAUGAAUGAGAAGAAUCAUUUUCAGAGAUUAAAAAGGCACUUUUUCUGUUAUUACUAAAUAUGUAUCUGUGAAAAGGAUGAAGAUCCUAUGUGAUACAUUUAAAAAUGAAAAAUGGAUGGAAAUCACUAUUUUAAAGCUUUGACUAUGAAACAUGCAGAGUUCAUUAAGUGAAGUUAGACAUUAUGCUUUACAUACUUUUUAUCUCUUAAGGACCUGCAGUUGAGAAAUUUAAGGCCAUAUGAUAG